CAGCCAAUGGGGAGCAGCGGCCGCUCUGUAUCCGCGGCGCGGCGGCGGCGGUGCUGGCAGUGCGGCGGCGGGCGGCGCGCAGGGCGGAGCGGCGGCGGUUGCUGCGGGCGCCGGGACCGUCUGUGCGCGGCGCUUCUCGCGGCGGCUGCGGGGCCGCUGCCUGCCGGCCAUGUCGGGCCGGGGCAAGUCCGGCGGCAAAGCGCGGGCUAAAGCCAAGUCGCGCUCGUCGCGGGCCGGGCUGCAGUUCCCCGUGGGGCGGGUGCACCGGCUGCUGCGCAAGGGCAACUACGCGGAGCGGGUGGGCGCCGGGGCGCCCGUGUACCUGGCGGCCGUGCUGGAGUACCUGUCGGCUGAGAUCCUCGAGCUGGCGGGCAACGCGGCCCGCGACAAUAAGAAGACGCGCAUCAUCCCGCGGCACCUGCAGCUCGCCAUCCGCAACGACGAGGAGCUCAACAAGCUGCUCGGCGGCGUGACCAUCGCCCAGGGCGGUGUCCUGCCCAACAUCCAGGCCGUGCUGCUGCCCAAGAAGACGCAGAGCUCCAAGAAGUGAGCGCUGCACUCCCCGGCCCCCUCCUCACCGUUGCCCUCCCUCCCCUCCAGUGGAGCUGGGGGUCCCCUUCCUACACUCCCAGCCCGGGCUGAGUGCGAGCCCUGGCAGCGCCCUCCUAGUCCUCCACUAGCCCCCCAGCCCAGUCUGGGUGCGAGCCCUGGUAGCCCCCUGCUAUCCCUCCACCAGCCCCCCCAAGCCCAGGCUGCGGCAGAGUGCUGGGGGGGAGCAUGGGCGAGGUCAGACCCUGCUUGUGCCCCCACCCUGCUCCUCUUUCCCCUGGAAGAAAUGUUUUCAGAGGAGGCAGCUGGGUCACAGCUGGUGCUGUCGGUGGCAUCUGGAGCCGUAUGGUUGGGUCACGGUGCAAAGCUGCCGGUAGCUGCUGAGGAUUGUUUUGACUGGCGUGAGGAUGGACAUGUGCAUCCCCAGCUGCUUCUCCGCUCUGCCAGCCCUGGAGCUGUGCAGGGCCAGCCCUGUUUGCCACGGCGUGAGGAUGGGACCGGCUGCUGCUGCACACCCUGCCCAGCGAUGCCAUCCCGGCUGCGCUGCUGCGGCAAGGGCGGAGGGCUGGAAAAUGUGAAAAGGAGGAAAAGUUUCUCCGUUGGCAAGACUUGACUGUUAGUCUUAGCUUUGUUCCUGGUAAAGCUAGUGCAUUGCCUACUGUAAAGAAGCUCUGGUCCUAUUUAUUUUAAGGUCUUAUGUUUUGGGGUAUCUCCCUGCAGAGUCUCCUUCCUGCAGCUCCCUGGCUCAGUGGGCGCUGGGGGGCUCAGUGGUCCCAUGUGCCAUGGGUCCAGCUGGCAGGCUGGGGCGGAGGGUGCAGUGACAAAUCCCCUCAGAGAGCGUCGCAAGGUCAGGCGCCCGCUGGGAGCGGGAGCUGCCAUCUUCUGCCGUGGCUCCCCUCCUCUCCCGCCUGCAGAAGCCCUUUGUGUCCCUGCGAGCUAUGCUGUACCCUGGUUGCACUUCUGGAAAUGACAUGCUGUGGGGUUGUUUUUGUUGUUGUUUGUUUGUUCAACACUAUUUCUGGUUCUGAGAAAUAAAGUGAUGAUGAUAUCUGUUAUCUGUAACCCUCUAUGGAUGAAUGUUUAUUUUUAAAAAGGACCCUAGAGUUCGUAUUAAAUCCCACUCUUAGCUAGCGCUGUAUUUAUUUAAUGGCUGUGUGGAUAACGUGCAAGCAUGGGGACAGGCUAGCUGUCCCGUGACACCUGGAAUAGCUGAUGCAGAGACAACUUUCCUCGCUGCCCAGAGCAGCCUGCUUCUGUGGAGGCUGAUAGUCGUGUGCAUGCGGCAUUGUUUAGGCAAUCGGACCGUAUACCUUCAUAACAUGUUUUUUAGGUGAAAAAAAAAAAAAGAGCAACUUCUAUUUAUGUGCUGUAAGUAGCAUGUGUUCAACCUAUGGAAUGAGAUGUUAAUCUUGUGGAUGAAGUAACUUGCCCUGGCUCUGAGUUUAUUAUUAUCUAGAGUAGAUGAACCUGGAUGCUUGUCGAAUGGUUUUAUGAAGGGGUUUUUCACUCCGUUGUGGAACGUGGAAGCAGUAUGUUCAUUAAUUGUGCUAAUGGGGAUGUGGACGUAUCCUGCGGUUAUGCUGGGGUAUCCUGACCUUGGGGGGAAAGGGACAGUGGGGCACAGUCCUGCUGUUGUGGCAUGGACCCCUGGGGUCACUCUCUCGUCUGUAAAGUGACUUACAGUCAGUGAGGUGGGGAUGAGGGGCUUCCUUUUCACUGCCCAUCACGGUGGUCAUUGUGUCUGUAUCUGAGUGUCUUGUUCUCUCCCCCUUGUUUUCUCCAGGACCAACGUUCUGUAAAACCCGGGAGAGCUUUGUAUUUCUUAGAAAACGCAGAACUUGUGAUAAUGCAAAGAACGGUGCAAACCAAGUAUCUGAUUAAACUGGUUCC